UUGUAAUCGGCUCAUCAAAUGGAUCACAUUACAAGAAGAGUUACUAGUGAUUUUAACGGCGGAGGUGGUGGGGCAGGUAGACGGCGGAGAACCCUCCGCCAGCGUCUCCAACUAGCUGGUCGUAUGUUUACUGAUUGUGUCGAGGAAUCAACUUAUUUUGAUAUCCUGCUCUGCACAGCUAUAUUCAUCAUUUUCACGUGCUUUUUCUUCUGGCUGGGAAUACGAUUUGGUACAGCUCUUAUCCCAGAAGAUGACAUGGUUCUAAUUCGAGCUCGGAGAACUGCUGUUAAAGUUGAACCGUCGAAAAAAAACCCUGGUCUUCUCCAGGCUCUAGGAUAUACAGGAGACGGGAAAGGUGAUAAGAAACAAGUUCAAGGUGUGAAAAGUGAUGCGCUUUAUAUCUCACAGGAUAGUCAGAACUGGGAAUCUGGAGAGGUUCAUUUUACUGCUCCAGUGAAAAUAGAGCCCAUUGAUACAAUUCAGUUCUUUGAAACAACUGAACCAGCUGAAGCCAUCACGUCCACUCAACAUGUUACUGAAACUAAAUUCUAUAAACAGACUGAACCCAAUGAUGCCAAUGUUCCUAUGAAGACGACUAAAUCCCCUGAUACGACUACAAUCCUCGAAACAACCAUAACUGAUCAGGCUAUCGAAGAUGAUAUUCAAAGUAUUCCUGAAUUUACGACGGCUUAUCAAUCCAUUGGGAACCCUUAUUUCUCUGAAACAAUCGAAUCAACAGCUGCAGCAAAGUCCGGAGAAACGGAUGAAAAUGACAUAAUCAAAAGUGAAUUCUUUGGAACAACGGAAUCUAAUGUCAACUCUGAACUCAUAGUUACCAGUUUUUAUGAAACCAAAGUUUUUGAAACAACUGAAUCAAUUGAAGUCGCUGAACCUCAUUUCAAAACCGAAUCUGAUGAUUUAAAGACAACAGGUGACUUUCCAGCAGAUACGGUUUCAAGUAAAAUUGUUCUACCUGACCUAAACCCCUUCUCUGUAAACGAUGUUGAUAUCUCUGAAGCUUCAGCUGGUUCCGCUCCUCUAGCUCAACCCUUGGUUCUAGUGGAUGAUUAUUCUGAUGAUGAUACUAACACUGAAACUGAACCUGAGUUUACAACAACUAGGCCUAAAAUUUUAGCUUCUACCACAUCUGUUUUCAACACAGUGACGAGCUUCGAUAUCAUAGCAUCAACCACACCAGCUUAUACUAUUACAGCGGAUGUUGAGGAAGUGACAACAGCCACAGCUGAGACAUCAUCAGCAUCAACUCCGCAACCGACAACAACAUCAACCACUACCACUACCCCGAAACCCUACUGUAAAACACCAUAUUGUGAAUAUAUCUCCGGGUUCGGAAUAUCCGAAUCUAAAGGUUGUCUGGAUCUACAGAAUAUUCAAUGCAGGAGGAAAGGAGAGCAGGAAAAUAAGAAUUUUGUUCUCUCCAUGAUCUCUGAUAAACUAAGCGUCUUAAGUGCCAACCCUACCCGGAGUAAGACGGAGGAGAUAAUCUUAAAAUUCUAUCUAUCCUGUCUCUCCUGGGAUCCGAACCUAGGACUCCGAAUGGUUGCUGAACUACUGAUUGAUCUUGGAUUCACGUCUAAGCCGCACAAACUAGAAUUAAAAGAUCAGUUGAGGAAUGUGCUCCAAACUUUUCCAGAUCUUGGAGCUUUUGGAGAACAAAAAACUGAAUACCGCAGAGGGAAACCCAGACGAUAUCUUGCUCCGAGUACAUCCGUCGCACCCAGUACACAACCCGGAGAAGAGAGAGAAAAGCUGAUAUUUAGAUCCGUCCUGGGCAUAAUUAGGGAGAUGAAGGGGAUUGAAAGAGAGACUGCGGAGAGGAUGAAAAAGAAUGACGAUCUGAGGAAGGACGUAAGGAUCGAAUUGUCAAAGAGCAACCGAAACGACACAGGUAUUACAGGAUGUAGAUGUUUCUGUAAUAAACAGGCAUCAGAAAUUUGCCAGGCGUUCUUAAACCUGGAUCAAACUGAGACACAGCCGAUGGGUAAAGCUAUUCUAGUUGAACCUGUGUCAAAGAUGACAUCAGCUAGCCCAAACACCACCCAGAGUACAAAAACCUCCCAGAGUACAACAACUUCCCAGAGUAAAACAACAUCCACAGCAACAACAACCUCCCAAAAAACAACAACCUCUCAAAGUACAACAACCUCUCAAAGUACAACAACCUCCCAAAGUACAACAACCUCCCAAAGAACAACAACCUCUCAGAGUACAACAACCUCUCAAAGUACAACAACCUCUCAAAGUACAACAGCCUCUCAAAGUACAACAACCUCUGAAAGAACAUCAACAUUUGAGUCAAUAAAUCCUCAGACCGAGACAACAACCAUUUAUCCUGUAUCCUCAACUCUAACCCAAUCCUCACCUUCCACAAUAUCAUCCUUCACUUCUCCGUCCAGCUUUACUACGACUCAACUUCGUUCUCCAACUACUUCUACCCUUCUUCCUUCUACAAAUCAAGGACGUAUCUCUAGUGCUCAAUUAAUCCCAUCAACACACCAACCUUUAACUUCAACUCCUAAAACCAAGAGUAACACUACGACCACCCCAUUUGAAACUACAAUCACAUAUCCUGAAAAUAUCCUCCAAACCGAAGAAUUUAAGCCGACAGAUUCUACUAAUAUCUUGAUUGAAACCACAACCAAUCCAUAUUCGAUUCUUCAAACCAUGCUUGCUGAAGAUGAUACAGAAGUAACACAAAGUACAGAAACCUCGAUGCUUGACAAAGAUACAAACAAAACCAAGUUAAACAAGACUUCCGUGUUAGAUAACUCAUCUUUUAAAGAAAUUAAUCACAAUUUAAAUUCUUCUCAACCAUCAGCAGGAUUGGAAAAACCAUCCCCGUUGGUCAAUCCUGACACAUCUUCUACUAUAAAACCGGUUUUAUCUGCUGUUGUAUUUCCGGUCGAUUCUUUCAACACAGAUUUUUCGUCCGAAUCCGAUGAUGUACAGAAUAGCCUAGAAUCUGAUUCAACGAAACCUGCAGCGAGGAGGAAUCUAACCCUGAUAUAUCCCAAGAUAACUUACCAAACCGUCCAAGCGUACAACCAGAGUACCCGGAUAAUCAGAUCUAUAACCAAUAAGAUUCCAAUGCUGACUGAAUCACAGUCGAAACAGAAAGCGGAAAAUGAAACCCUACGAAAAUAUUCCAAAAAAAUUUUGGAAUUAGAAAACAAGAUUAAAUAUUUCUCUGAAGAUCCGUUAAGUCUGGAGUCCGGAGAGGGGGUUGUUGGACCAUGGGUUCAGAGGUUAUUCUGGUUCUCCGGGAUCAAAGCAGAACCUUUCCGAACCUCUAAGUUUGGAGAUCAUAUGGAAGAGGUUUUAGAGCUGACUCCAGACGACGAAAUCACAUUCUUUCUACUCUGGAAACUUCUGGAGAGGUUUCAAAAAACGCUCCCGGGAUUCUUCAACUCUGAUCGAACCCAAACUGAGAUUUGUUCUCAAAAUAUCUUUUCCUACUUUCCUCAAUUCUUCCUAGAGCUCGUUGAACCUCAUCUAGUAGAGGCUGUACGUGAUGUAUCCCCUAUUUUACUCCAAGUAGAUGAACCAGGAAGUGUAUCUGAAAUACUAACAAGUUUGAAACUUAAAUCAGAAAAAAUGUUCAAUCAGAAAUUUUUCAAUUCCAGUGAGUUGGAAAAUAAAAACUUCCUGGGACGUGUUCUUCUCUUAGAGAAUGAAAAGAAGGACGUAGGAAUGCAGUAUCUCUCCAGGUACUACUCCGAACACAGACCUGAGACACUACUGCUUGAAAACAGGAUGUAUAAACUUUACACACAGGUUGAACUGAACAUGGAGUAUGUUCAACAAUUUCUCUCAAUCCCAGAGAAACCUGUCUUCACCGGGUUGUCUCUCCAGGAGACGAUCUUAAACACAACAGAAUCAGUUAUGAAAACCCUCCCGGAGAAAGGCUCUUUGAAUAUUGAACAUUUUGGAAAUAUUUCUGAAUUAGAACAGUUUUCAAUCCUUCUCAGUUCUCAGUUAUGUGACCCAAACAUUAUAUUGCUCAGAAACCAAAGUUUUAUCUGUCCGACUUAAACUCAGAUAAUCUCUGAGUUUUAUUAUUGACAUAAAUGUGAUAUUAUAAGUUAUAAAACCCUGACAGCAUCAGAAUUUUUUUAUUAAAUUAAAUAUUAUAUUUUUAUAGAUUA